AUGGAAGAUGUAAGAGUCAAGGACACCGUCAUGGUAUAUGGCUACAAGGCCACCAUAGAACAUAUAGAAGAGGUCCAAGCGGGAAAGGCUUCCCCCGAAAGGAGAAAAAUCUACGCAGCGAAGUUUAGCAAUAGGCAUGGCUACACAGAUGGUGUGUAUAGGAAGGAAAGGUUGUUCACUGCGGAAGAUGGAGCUUUGGUCGUUUUCUGUUUGCGCGAUUCGAUCAGACCUUUCAGUGAAACGGAAAGCGCAUGCAUAAGAAUCCAAAGGGUGUUUAGGGGACACAGAGCGAGGAAGGAAUUCCACUCCUUGGUCUCCUCCCUCGUGUGGAGAAAAUUCGAGCACCUCCACGAAAAUAUGACCCUCCACAAUCAUGACGAAAUUUACAAGCCCCUCAUCAAAGUAAUAAACGAAGACAUAAAGAGUGGGAAGAUUCAGUUCACGUCGAAGUGCUUUUCGAGUAAUUCCAACCAGUUCUCCCGCAUCUCCACGACGUCCUUAGAGUCCAACAAUUACGAUGAAAAUGUGCCGAAACUGAAGGGCAAAAUAGACAAGGCAUUCGCCAUGGAAAUCUUCCAUUUUUUCCUAACAACCAAAAAUUAUGUCCUCCCAAACAACCUUGUCUGUAAGAUCCUCACGAAGACGCAGAAGAUGCUGGAGGAAAAUAUAAAGAGCUCUGUGAUACACGUAGACAUGACGAAGAAGUCAAAGGACACCAAACUGAUCAUCCUGGGAGAUGUGCACGGCCAGCUCAACGACGUCCUUUGGCUAUUUAACCGAUUUGGUUUACCUUCCUCCAACAAUAUCUACAUCUUCAACGGAGACAUUGCUGAUCGAGGGGAAAACGCCACAGAGAUCUUCCUCCUCCUGUUCGCCUUCAAGUUAAGCAGUUACGACAGCGUCAUAAUUAACAGAGGGAACCACGAAUGCUCCUACAUGAAUGAGGUUUACGGUUUCUACAAUGAAGUCCUCUCCAAAUACGACAGUGCCGUCUUCGAUCUGUUUCAAGGGGUAUUCGAAUUACUUGGCUUGGCCGUAAAUAUUCAAAACCAAAUCUUCGUGGUGCACGGCGGGCUGAGCAGGUACCAGGAUCUGACCGUUCAGGAGAUAGACGAGCUGGACAGGAAGAAGCAUGAAAUUUUGCACCCGGAGAAGUAUGAGGACACCGUCAUUUUCGACUUACUCUGGUCUGACCCACAAAAAAAGAACGGCAUAGGAGGAAACGCACGAGGGAACAACUGUAUCACCUUCGGCCCCGACAUCACAGAUAUGUUUCUGAGGAAAAAUAACUUCGACAUUUUAAUUCGAUCUCAUCAAGUGCCUAAAACGUUGAAGGGUAUUGAGAGUCACCAUGAGGGAAAGUGCAUUACGUUGUUUUCCGCUUCGAACUAUUGCAAUAAAAUUAAGAAUCUCGGGGCAGCCAUUGUGUUCAACCAAGAUCUAACCUUCGAGGUGCAGGAGUAUAUGUCACCCUCCCUCGACGUCAUUCGGGAGACCUUCGAGGAAAAUCAGAAGCUCCGAGAGAAGGUCCUCAACUCGUCGAAGAUAGUGGACCUGGAGAAAAAUGUGCAAAGGAGCAACGAUAAAAUUUCGACGGAGGGACAAAUGAACGACAUCCUAAACUGUCUGAGCACGCUGAUCUGCCAUGAGAAGAACUCUCUGUGGAGUAACCUCUACGCGAAGGACAAGGACAACACGGGCAAGGUCCACAUAAACAUAUGGAGGGAGGAACUGGAAAAGCUGAGCAAGACGAAGAAGGUGCCGUGGAUAUACCUCUGCAAGAAGCUCAAAAUGAUCGAGAACAACCAGGUGCACUACAACAGCAUCCUUAACAGGUUCAAGGUAAAUUAUGAACCAAGCAAGAACUUCCUUAACACAGAAUGGAAGAGUGAGUGCUUCGAGCAUUUGUAUGAGGCGUUGCUGAAGGCGGACUUGAGUUUAAGGGAGACCCUCAUGGUGUUCGAUAAGAACUUGGAUGGGAAGGUUUCCUUUGCGGAGUUCGAGCAGGUGCUGAAGGAUCUCAACAUAGAUUUGUCCAACGAGCAGAUCCGCAUCCUGGUCCGGCUGAUCAACAGCAACUCUCUGUGUAACCAGGACAGAGCGCAGGAGAAUGACAAAAUAGACGUUGCAGAGUUCAUUGGAAAAAUGAGGGUGUGUUAUCGACUGGCAAUAAACAAGGAAUACACAAAUAACGAUAAAAUUAGGAAGCUAAUCGAAACGAUUGGAAAGCAUAUCCUGGCCGACAGUGCAGACACAGCUAACUUCCAUUACAGAUUUUACGAGGAAAAUAAUGAGAGGGGUGGAUCGGAGAGGAGGAAGAGGUCCAGUGUGAUCAAGUCCGUUGCCCUCUUUCAGAAGUUUAAGAAUUACGAUAACUUUGGGAAUGGCUACCUCGAUUACGAUGACUUCGUGCGGGCGAUCAAAAAUUUCGACAUGAACAAGAUCAGCAAAGAGGUGGAGUUCGACGUGGACGAUGAAAUUCUGAUGGAGCUAGCCAAAUCGAUAGACAUAACAAAGUCGUCCAAGAUCAACUUCCUGGAGUUCCUGCAGGCCUUUUACGUUGUGAACAAGAGCAAGUAUUCCUACGUGGACGAGAUUUGGUGCCACAUAUGCACCGUGAUUUACGAGAACAAAGUGGCCCUGAAGAAAUGCAUGAAGUACCUGGAGGACACCAUGCAGGGGAAAAUAACGAGCAUACACUUCCGCUACAUUUUGAUGGAGCUGAACAAAAUCCUGCAGCAGCACAAGCACGAGAAGAAAAAACCCCUCACGGACGAGCAGAUCGACCUGCUGUCCUACACCGUGGAGACGGACGACAAGAUAGACUACGUCGAUUUUUUAAACUCCUUCAAGCCAAAAGGGUCCGAAUUGGUUGACGCGAAGGAUCUGUUGAGCGCAGGGAUCGGCGACAAGUCCGUCAUACAAAAUAUUGAGGCCAAGCUCGGGGAGAGUCCCUGGAAUGUGCAAAGAUUGAUAGAUCUGGGUAUAGAUACAAUUCAAAGUGGACAUGCAGAUGAAGAGGAGAAUGAGGACGAGCACGAACUGGAGCAGAGGCAAGACAGCAGCGAUGACUUCAUUUCCGACUUGGGGAGUGCGCGUGUGGUGAGGGGCCAAUUGGGACCUCCCGUCGAUGGGGAAAGUUACGGAAGGAACGGCGAACAGAGUGGUCCCCACCCGGGUGAUGGGUCUGACGAAGCCUCAGAUGAUUUUACUGCUAAUGACACAGCUAAUCAGAAUGGAAACCGAAGAGCCGAGCGUUGCGACCGCCAGGGGGAGAUUCCCAUGAAAGAAACGGACUUGUUUCACACAAAUAUAAAAUUGAAAAGUUGCGCCUCCAUCGCAGAAGAAGUGAAGAGGGAGGCACAGGAGAGCUGCAUCAACCUUCACCCGGUGGUUAAGGAGUUCAUUUGUUUGUUGGUUUUUUUGUUUGCCCGGAUAAGGGAGGAGGGCGCACGGGGGGGCACCUCAUACGGAGGGAACCCGGACAAAUGUGCCGACGUCAAUAGUGAUGGGCAGUGCGGCAAGGUUAGCCGUGGGCGCACGGGACCCACAGCAGAAUACGAGGAGGACCCCCCAAAUGCAUACCCAAGGAAGGGUAGAAAUGUAGCUAAAAUGAAAUACCUGAAGAGGUCAGGUCAAAAAUCUCCCUCCGCCUGUAAGAGCAUAUCCUGGAAGGAACACCACGGGGGGGAAGACCCUUCGUCCAAUUCUAACUGCACCAGUGGGGAGAGUAACAACGAGGAGGGGAACUUCCCCUUCAGUGGGUACUCAAAUGGAAAGAAUCAUUUUGGUGCACAUUACAGGAAUAGUAGAUCCUCUCGCAAAAGUCGCAAUAACUACAAUAGGAGUUGCCACCACGAGGAGGUGAUGAAGUCUGUCCUAUUCACUCUAAACGAGGAGGAAAAGAAUGACUACAAUUUAGAUGACAUCGAACAAGCAUUGGAAGAAGAAAAUGUUAAGAGAGUGUGCGAAAAGGUUUGUAAACACAUGCAAAGAGUUAGCCAAAUGAAGGAUGAUCUAGUGAAGGGAAGAAACUUCCACUUAAUUACGUCCCUUCUUUUUUUAACCUACACACAUCUGGGAUUGUCUCUCCUCAGAUGGAAAGAGGUGUUCCAAAUGCUGUGUCAUGUCAGCAGAACGUUUCAGCAGUAUAGGAAAAAAAACAGAGAAUUAAAAAAAGAGUUGGAAAAGAAGGUGAACACAUACAUGCAAAAAAUAAAAAUGAGUGAACAGUGUAUAGAACAGUACGAAAGAAUGAAGGCUUCCUAUGAGGACGUAAAAAGAGACAAUGAUAAGCUGAAAAAGUACGAUUGUGUUUUGCAUAGAUUGAGGACGAAGAUUCACUUGCUCGAGGCGGACAAAGUUUUGCUUGCGAAAAGGAAGGAGGAACUGGAGCUUGUGGUCAGACGGAAAGGAGCCUACUUUGUUGGGGGCAGGCAGGGCGGGGGAGUAAAAACAACCAGCGGGAGGAUAACAAAGUUGGUGCCGAAGCGAACGCAAGACACGUCCAGUGGGACUCAGUGUGCCGUCCACAGUGACAGGGCUGAAGCGACCCUUCCGGAUGGAACACGCGCACAGGAGGACAACACUGGUGAGGAAGAACAAACGGUGAACCAAAUGGUGGUAGGCAUCUCCCCAGUUGAUAACCCUUCCGUGGAUGAACUAAUCGUCUCCCCCAUUUCCGGACCAACAGAAGAAGGGAAAACGAAAAAAUCAGCAUGCCAUAUGGUAAGUAAAUCCGUGCAGACAACGGAAGAGAUCCAGUUGGGGGGGACUAACGAAACAAACAACGGGAGAAUCUCGGAAAAAGAAAUACCCAGUGACCGAAGGGACGCUUCACCAGUAGUGCCGGAUACCCAUCGAACGUGCGGAAGGACGGCACUCGUCCAUGUGGAAUCCACUCACCUGACGCUUUCUAUCCUGUUAUUCAUGAGACGUGGGGGAGACAGGUCGACCAUGUUGGAAGGGUUCCAUUUUGGUGAGGUUGCUCAGUUUCAAAAAAAAUUUAAUAGGGGGUGCCUCCCUGUAGAAGUGGUCACCCCCCUGUGGAGGAAAAUCCUAAUUGAAAAGUUAUGUAGCCAAAUGGAGGGAACGCAUCUCAGUGGUGAUUCAUCUGCUGUCCAUAGGCGACUCGUCCUCCAUUUGGCAGAUAUAUUUUCUCGCUUUACUUUACAUGACCAGUUGGUAGACGAAAUAGGAAUUGUGAAUGAAAGAUGGAUUGGUGGUGGUGUCCGUUUUAACAGAGAGUGCCUCGAUCGAGUGUCCUGCACAAGAAGGAGCAUUCUGAGUCACCUCCUCUCGCGGCCGGAGAGCACCGCACAAAGUGGGGAAGACUUCAUCUCUUCCUUCUGUUGGCAUUUCUUUAGAGGGGAAAAUGAGCUGACUGUAAUGCGCCAUGGUGAUAUGUGUGUAGAGGGGUACGACUCCAGUGCUGACGCUUUAUCCGUGGAAGGGGGAAGUGAAAACGAAGUCGGUGGGAUGCCUUUUGGUGGGCUCCCCUUCGAUGAUCACCUCCUGGAGGACGAAAACUGUUACACUGAUCGAACCACCACACAAGCUAACGCAUCAGAAGGAUUAAACUACUUUGGAGUUUUCCCCCAUGUUGGUGUCUACGUCAGGGGGAUGACCCACCAUUGGUUAUGCACGGUUCACACGGCGAGGAGGGGAGCAUUCCCAUGGAACAUAAUCGACCAGAAGGCAGAGACUCACACCAACAGGAAGACUUCACAAUUGGGGGGAGGAAAUCAACUCACUCUCCAUGGAGGUCCCCCCUUGAAGGAGAUCUACCCAAGUGAUGAGAGACACACAAAUUUUUACGUGGACAAAAAGACACACGAGAUUUACGUCCCCGUGGAUGGGACACUAAGGGAGGAAGACCAGCUGACGGGGCGCUCUCCAAAUGAACUUAGCGAAUGGACGACCCCCCAGAUGGGAAGCACCUCCAAACGGGGUGAAUAUAGCACAAGUCAGUAUUCGCCCAAACAGAGUAACAAUCCUAGUAGAAAGUUUUCUCCCCUGAUAUGGGAACCCCCUUUAGGGGUGAAGAAACCAUUCCUGCAUUCUGAUGGCGGGGGAAAGUCCACUCAUGGUAGAGGUUCCUGCCAUCGCAAGUACAUUCACCCCGACAGUGACCUUAUCCCAAAGGGGCAUCGUUAUGGGUUCAACGACGGAAGAAGGAAAUUCUUUUUGGUGGCGUGGCGAAGGAGAGUAGAAACCUGCUACCGGGUUGUGAGGGGCACCUCCAGAGGGAGAACACCAAGGGAGGAAAAAACUUACUUGAACAAGUGGGGAAACAGGAACCAGUCCAGCGAGUUCAUAAAAAAGAACAGAAUGUGGAUGGUGGCAGUCUCCCUAUUAGUAAUUUUAAUUUUCGUCGUUGACACGUACCUAUUGGACAGAUCCAUCUUCCUGUGCCUCAUGUAUUGUGUCUGCCUAGCCAUGCUACUAACAGCUUCCCUGGUCAGGAAGUUAAUCCACAUGGUUCACGUCCCAUUUGGUGAGAAGAUAAUAUCGCAGGAUUGGUUGGAUGUUCUUUGCGUUUAUUUCAUUCGCAUGGUGAAUCAUUUUCACCGGGGGUUGUAUGAGGGUGGCGGGGGUACACAAACGGAAGAAGCGUUGAUAUAA